CAUCGAAGAAUUUGAAGCUACGCAAUACAGCCUCUGCAGCUCUGCAAUUCUUUAUUCUUCGAGAAUAAGGCGAAAAUGGCUAAAAUUUUCUCAUCUUUCCUCUGUAAAUCUCAUUUCCCCUUCCUCUCUCCAUCUAUUCUCUCAAAACCCACUUCUUCUUCCCACCAUUUCUGCAGAAUUUCUCUAAAUUCGAAGCCCAUCAGUGGUUUUGGGUCUGGGUUUUUUGCGGUUCGGAAGAUGGGCCAAAACCAGUUAUCUUGUAAGCCGUUUCACAAUGGGCAUUUGAUAAGGGCUCAGAGUAGGGGUAAUGGUGGUAUUGGGGGUUCUGGUUCUGGUGGUGGUAGUUCAGGCGGAAGAAAUGAAGGAGAAGGUGGAGAGAACAGUCGGUCCUUGCUUUCAUGGUACUUGAUGUUACUUGAGAAAUAUCCAGUGUAUACAAAGGCCCUAACAUCUGCACUACUAACACUCAUAGGAGAUUUGGUUUGCCAGUUACUGAUAGAAAAGGUGUCGGUGUUGGAUUCAAAGCGAACUUUUUUGUUCACUCUAUUGGGGUUAGUCUUGGUGGGACCUACUCUGCAUUUCUGGUACCUGAAAUUGAGUAAUUUGGUUACUCAACCUGGUGGAUCCGGUGCAUUAUUGCGUCUUCUGCUCGAUCAAUUCCUUUUCUCUCCCCUCUUCAUUGGGUUUUUCAUGUCGACAAUUGUGACCCUUGAGGGAAGGCCAUCAGAGGUUGUACCAAGGCUUCGUCAGGAGUGGUUUUCCACAAUAUUGGCAAAUUGGCAACUAUGGAUUCCUUUUCAAUUCCUGAACUUUUUGUAUGUUCCUCAGCAAUUCCAGGUUCUCGCCGCUAAUUUCAUCGCUUUGGCGUGGAAUGUGAUCCUCUCUUACAAAGCUCAUCGAGUUCUUGUUCACAGUUAGGGAGAAGACAAUAAGGUAUCAAAAUCUCAUGACAAGUUCUUAUUAGGCUCUAAGCAAUAUUCCAUUGAUUUGAGGGACUUUCCAAUUUCAAAGAAAUUUAAUGAGAAAAGCAUGGCCCAUCAAAUUUGCAGCCACCACAAUUAGAGAGUCUUUGGCAACUCAAUGAACAAAUUGAACUUGGAAAGAUAAGAUCAAGAAACUCCUAAAUUCUAGUACUGUCAUUUUGAAAUAAGACCAGUCCAA